AUGCUGAGAUUCGGGCAACAUCUCAUCAAGCCCUCUGUGGUCUUCCUGAAGACUGAGCUCUCCUUCGCUCUCGUCAACAGGAAGCCAGUGGUCCCAGGGCAUGUCCUUGUUUGUCCUCUGCGGCCAGUGGAGCGUUUCCGUGACUUGCGUCCUGAAGAAGUGGCUGAUUUAUUUCAUACGGCGCAAAGAGUCGGCAAUGUGGUGGAGAAACACUUCUGCAGCACCUCGCUCACCAUUUCCAUUCAGGAUGGCCCCGAGGCUGGACAAACGGUGAAGCAUGUUCAUGUCCAUGUGCUUCCAAGGAGGGCUGGAGACUUCCGCAGGAACGAUGAUGUCUACAGAGAGUUGCAACAACAUGACAAAGAGGAUUCCCCUGACAAGUGGAGGACUGAGGAAGAAAUGGCAGCUGAAGCAGCAAUUCUGAAGAAGUAUUUUCAGGAAAAUUAA